GUGUGUGUGUGUGUGUGUGUGUGUGUGUGUGUGUGUGUGUGUGUGUGUGUGUGUGUGUUGUGUGUUUGUUGCCAUGGCAACACAAUGGUCUCAGUGACUGCAAUGAUAGCACAGUUGCUGAUCUUUCCUUCCUUUCUUUCCUAAACAUGAGUGGUGUUGGUGAGUUAGGCCUGAGUGAGGAGCACCGGGCCUCUGUGUCCUCAUACCUGCGCUUCAAUAAGUACCAGCGAGCACAGCGCUUGCGGUCCAUUGAGGCAUGUUUCCAGGAUGUGAAGGACACCAGGCUGGUGGAGGACACCUACACAGUGGAGGAGGUGAUGGAGCUUCUGGACUGCCUUGGGGAUGUGGUGAAGGCAGAGGUGGAGGGGGAGUUGCUCCAUGCUUGCCACACUAACUCCCUCCUCCUCACAAAACUGUUCAAGCAAGCACAGAAGUGGCACCUCACCCUUAGUGCUGACACUUCAGACCUAGAGAACCAAGAACUUCUAGAGGAGAUAAAGAAUUUUGAGGAAAAGGAGGGUCAGCAUGGCCGUGCUGGGAGCAUCCCCUCUCCAAAGAAGAGAACAUUGGCUCCUAUCACUGAAGCAGAGGGACCCCUGGCUCUUCUCCAAGCAGAGAUACAGCGGUUGAUGAGAGAGAAUGCUGAUCUGUCCCACAGGGUUCAAGAAGCUGAGAAAAAGGUGUCUGAGGUAGCCAAAGGAAAGACAGAGGCAAGUCUAAACCUAGUGGUAGCCAAAGAUGAACUCAACAGGAUCAGGCAGAGUCUGGCCAACCGGCCUACCUCUGAGGAUGUCACAGAGCUCUGCAAUGAAGUGGAGAGGAUGAGAAUGCAGCUAAGUAAUGAGAUAGAAGCCCAUGAGGCCACUCAAGACCAGCUUGCCCAUGACCUCUCAUCCUCCAAACAGAACCUCCAGCAAGUCAAAGCACAACUCCAACUGGCAGAGAAGGAGCUGGAGAAGAAGUUUUCUCAAACUGGUGCCUUCCAAAACAUGAAGAAAAUGUUGAAUAAGAAGAAUGAGCAGAUCAAGGCCAUGAGGAAGAAACUGAGUGCUUAUGAACCCAACUCAGAAGAUGGUGUUGAUGAGUGAAACUCCACCCAGGAGUGUGAGUCUGGUGGAUGUACAGAGUUGAUAAAAAUAUGUACUGGAAAUAGAUGAUAGAAAGGUUGUCCUCAUAUUUAUCUCUAUACAUACAGUAACUGAGUAAUUUCUUACAUACAAUAGUUCUUGCAUUUUCUCAUAUCUGAAUUCAACACUGCUUUUCUAUAACAUGUCCAUUGAUCUGUUAGAUCUAAAACAGCAAUGUUUGAAAGAUCAUUUGGUGGAAGUCAGUGACCAAGGCUAUUUUUCCCCUUAAAGGAACUUUUAAAUAUGACUUUGUCAUAAUGAGGUGAAAUAAUUUCAAACAUUUUGCUAGACUUCUUUUUUUAUCUUUGUUCAUCAAAUUUCAAAGAUUUGUUGUUCAGAUGAUGGCACUGACUUCUAAAUUACUUAAAGGUUUAUUAACUUUAGGGAGGUAAUUGUGAAUUCAGAAAAUUGCCUUGCUGAAUUCUUGUGCUAAGUUUUAGUGAUGGUUCAGCCCUUGUAGCACUAGGGUGAGGCAACUCAACUGUAUAGGUGUUCUAAGGAACUUGCUUCUGCUCCUUUUGUUGUGGUGGCUCACACAUGGAAACUACAGGCUCGAGCUUCCUUGCUUCUGGCAUACAGGCAAGGACAACUCUGUUUAGGUAGGUUUCAGAGAUUCAUUUCAUAUAUACUUGUCCAUAUUAUACAGAUAUGCAUUGUUGCUUCUACCUGAAUAAAUAUGUAUGUAACUCC